AUGACAGAUUUACGACAGGGAAUAGAUAACAGUUCAGGUAGACAGAAAACUAACAGUCUAAAAGAAAUUUGUCAAAUCUGUUAUAAAGAAGGGCACGUAGGCAGUAACUGCAAGAAAUAUUUACAAACAUCUCAACAAGUUAACAACCAAAUUGAUUUAGGAACCGCGAUAUUAGUAUGUCAAAUUUGUAAAAAACGUGGGCAUGGAGCAGAGAAAUGCCGCUUUCGCAAUCCACAGCAACGCCGACCAGUAAACGUAGUUCAAGGGAAAUUAAUAACUUGCCAAUUAUGCUUAAAAUCCGGUCAUGAUGCAAAAUCUUGCCGACAGAAUAAUACAACUAAUAACAAUAAAAUCUCGGUAAUUUGUCAAUGGUGCAAAAGACCCGGCCAUUCUGCAAAUAAUUGUUGGAAGAAACAGAACGAACAACGUUAUGCGGGAAAUAAAACUCGCGUAACUUGUCAAAUUUGCAACAACUUCGGACACAUUGCUAAAGAUUGUCGAUCAAAACUAAACCAGCAAACGGGAUCUAGGAAUUCUUUAUUCUGCCGCUAUUGCAAGGAGCAAGGUCAUCUUCUCGAAAAUUGUCAAUUACGCCAUGCCAGUAACUUUCGAAAAAAGGAAAAUAAUCAGGGAAACUACAACGGCCCCUCGACGUCGGGUGCACAGCAGGGGUCCGAACGAGAGCCGCACCCGUCCAAAACUCAGGUAGCCAAGUAG